CAUUGGAAACAGCUUGAGCACCUCCACGAUCAUCUUGAGCCCUUCUAUGAGGCUACGCUUAUGGUUGAGGGCCGUCAAACAACGCUUGCUGACCAUUUCCAAGCCCUUGACUGGCUGCUUGAUACUCUUGAUUCCUCUAAGCUUAGGUUCCUCGAAUUAUCACAAUCUACACGACGCCGCCUUAAUAGCGAUGCAUGGAAAUAUCUCUCAAACUGCGCUCUGACGGCAUGGUCCAAGGCGCACAAAUACUAUCUCAAAGCCGACACCAAAUCGCAUGCCUACUACGCCGCUAUCAUACUCAAUCCAACGCUCAAGCUUGCAUGGUUCGAACAGGCCUGGAGAGGACAC